AUGUGGCAGGCACUGCAUCGCCCAUCCGGUUUUGGCUUGUGGUCAUGGACUCGAGCCUGGGGCGUUGGCACACGGACGCUCUCCAACCUACACCGGAAAAUUCGUCAAGAGCUCAAACAGCUACCCCAAGCCACACUGCAACAUGGGCGCCACCCCACCCUGACAGGCUCCUUUAAGAAGCCUUUUCGCGUGUACUUGCACCCAGUGACCAAGGUGCCUAUCCCCAGCGUCACAACUGUGCUGGACAACACCUCCUUUCGCAAAUUUCUUGACGUGUGGCAUCAACGAGGCGUGGAAGAGCACGGCCAAGAAACUUGGAAAGCCAUGUGCCAGGCUACCUUGGAUCGCGGUCAUCGAUUACAUGCAUAUAUUGAGCACUUUCUGCGAGGCACCAUUUUGGACGAGGUGGAGGGCGAUCACUUGCUGGUGCGCACCUCUUCCCAAGAGCCCGAUGCGCUCUCUGACGCGGAGACAGGGGUCGAGUAUCUGUAUAUCGGAGAUAUUUUGGAGCACAUUGCAAGCGUUCAGCCCUUUUUGGCCAGCGUCGACCCCCGUUUGACGUUGCAGGAAGUGACAGUCUGGGACAAUGACGGAGAUGUGGCCGGGCGAUUUGAUUUGCUCAUGAUGCUCAAAAACAAAUUCUAUAUUGUCGACUUUAAAACCAGUAAACGGCGCAAGCAGCCGAGCGAGCAUGGUCGCAGCAACGCCCAACAACUGGCUGCGUAUGGCGAGUGCCUGAUUCAGUCCGUGCAGCGACUAGAGCUGCAUACACUGCGCACCCACGGCAUCAAUCACAAGGAGCUCGGGUGCCUCUUGGUAACGGUGUACGGUGGCUUGGAGGAGGGCCCACGAGCUUGCGACGUGGUGGAGAUAUCACCACAGGCUCGCCGGCAAUUUUACUCCGACUAUCUGGCCCGACACCACGAGCUGCGUCAGCGACAUCUCAAUCUUUCCAGUGUUGAUGCUGAUGGCUUUUCACCUGCACAGCGGCAAGAGUGGCAAGAAUGCAUGAUGUCAGAUGCCGCCGCCGAAGCCUUUGACGCACGGCGACUGGCUUCCGUGCCACCCACGCGGCCGUUGCGCGUGCCCCCCAAAAUUGCCGCAACACACCGUAACAUUUGUAAAACGACCACCAAGGUCUAUUAUGCGCCGCCGGGUGAGACUGCUCCAACUGCCCUACAUGAUGAAGACGAGGCGUAUUUGCUACAGCAGAUUGCCGACGACUUGUUGGCCGAGGACGAGCGUGUUGACCUAGAUCUUGUGGAAGCGGUGCUCGAGGAGAACGUCUUGACAGGGAACGUGGGUUCCGAUUCGAUGUCAAAGGCAGUGCAUUCUCGCAGCUGA